ACCAGUAAAUGUAUACUGUGGGAAAUGUUAUGAAAGAAUAACUUCGCGGCAUUAUUUGAAAUGCAGCAUGUGUUCGAGAUGCUAUGACCUUGCUUGCACCAAUGCUGAAAAACGGUACAAUAUAAUGUCGGCUCAAAACAAAAAAAACUGGAAAUGUCACGAAUGUGUGAUCAAAAAGCCUAAGCCUUACAACACCGAAACCCCGGUCAAAACAGGUCCAGUUGACGAUCCGAGUAGUUCAAAUGUGACCUUACGAAACAAGGCUUUACUUAAAUCUCAACUAUCACCAGAACCACAAGUAUCUUCUCGGCCUGAGCAAACUGGUGAAGCGGCGGAUAUGUCCUCUGAACUAGUUAUGGAAAUCCGAUUACUUCGAGAAGAAAUCAAAGCCUCACGAAUGGAAACCCAGGAAUUUAGAACUUCCUUAUCUAGGCUUACCGCUGACCUUGCAAUGAGUAAUAAAAGAAUUGACGAGCUUUCAGGUGACCUUGCAAUGAGCAAUAAAAGAGUUGACGAGCUUACAGCCCGAUUGGACGCUGUUGAGCACGCCCAACGGCAAAAUACAAACAUUAAAAACAACAACCUUGAAGAAACGGUCGCCUGUCUGAAGAUGGAUCUCAAUGACCGCGACCAGGAAAUCCUGUGUAACGACGUCGAAAUAGUGGGCAUCCCGGAGGAAAACAACGAGCGCACGUUACAUCUUGCCCACAUUGUGUCUAAAAAAUUAGGUGUACAGUUAGAAGAGCAUGAUAUUGUUAAUGCAGAGCGCGCCGGAGUAGCGCACCGCAGCGAAACGCAGGACGGCAGAGCUCCUCGGCCCCGUCCAAUCGUUGUGCGGCUAGCACGCCACUCACUGCGUGACCAAUUGCUGGCUGCGGCACGGACCCGACGAGGCGUCACCACGGCUGACAUGGGUUUGUCGUCAUCUGCAAAGACCUUCUAUGUCAAUGAAAGAUUGACACGUCACAAUCGUCAGCUUUUUUAUAAAGCCCGCGCCGAGGCCUUGCGAUGCCUUUGGAAGUUUGUGUGGACGCGCGACGGAUGUAUCUACGCGCGCAAGGAAGAAGGAGCCCCACGGCGGCGGUUGCGCAUAGAGGCUGAUAUCACGAAAUUUUUUGGUUAUUGAUAUGGUUUGUUC